UGUUGCUUUUGGUUCUUGUAUUUGGCAAAAGAAAGCGACAUUUGAGUUACAAUUGAAACUGCCUUUUCAUUGCUUUCUUCAAUUUUCUUCUCUUCAAGAAAAUGGAAAGAGAUUUCUUGAGUCUAUGCUCAAACCAAGAAAUUAACAAUGAAGCUUCCAAAGACUCAGGAUUAAGAAAAGUUUCAGCAGUAAAAUGGCCUUAUUUUAACAAAGUCUCGGCUCAUCCAUAUUCGAUGCCUUUUAAUGUUUCUGAAGAAGAUAAGGUGAAAAUGACAUCUGGUUUCAUAGAGAAAUCUUUCAAACAUGACGGCCAAGAUGGCGUUCAUUUUUCCGUGAAUCCGUAUCCUGUACACCAUGAUGUGAAUCGUGCUCAUGACAUGAAGAUGUUUUCAGUUUCCAAUCAAGCAAUUUCAGUUCCCGCAGGACAUCUGUUCCUUAAGAAUCAUUUUGCAACUGUUGGUCAGAAUAUGAAUGGUGCUAAUGUGAAGCAACCAAUACGUGCGGGAUCACCAUUAACUGCACCUCAUUCAGGGCUUCCAAGGGUUGGCGCCGUUGCUGGUUUGGUUGAAUGUGUAAAACCAUCUGCACCUGCUCCUCAACUUACCAUGUUCUAUGCUGGCACUGUGAACAUCUUCAAAGAUAUCACUCCCGAGCAGGUACAUGCCAUCAUGUUGUUGGCUGGAAAUGGCGUAUCAGCAGCGUCAAACAUGGCUCAAUCUGAAGUUCAGGCACCUAGCUCAAAGUUUGCAUCAGAUGAUCAUGGCGUGCCUAUGAGUCCACCUGUAAAUAUACCACCCAUCUCUGCUAUUUCAAGUCCUUUAUCUGUUUCUUCACAUACUGGUCCACAAUCAGGGAGUGGCUCAGUUUGCAGUGAUGAAUUUUUGACUGCUAAAGCAUCUAGAGGCCCUACUCCUACCACCUCUGCUAGCAAAGUGGAGACUCCAAAAGUAGUCAAUGCAACCACCAUGUUUUCAUCAGCUAUACCGCAGGCUCGCAAAGCAUCAUUGGCUCGAUUUUUGGAAAAGCGCAAGGAAAGGGUGAUGAGUGCAGCACCUUAUAACAUCAACAAGAAAUCUGAGGAUGCACCAUCAUUGAAUUCAAUGGCUGCUAACAUCUCCGCAACUACUGGUACUAGUACGCUGUUAUUGAAACAAGGAUAACAGCAAAUAACUCCUUAAAGAAGGAGACUACAUCAACUUGUAACUUGAUAGAUUUGUAAGAUAACUCUAUUCUUCCAUGAUUAAAAUUUAUGCUAAGAUUCUUAAGUAUCAAACUAUGGUUGAUGCAUAUAUAGGUAGGCCCUUACCUUAAAACUAUUUUGUGAUGGAGCCUUACCUUGUAUAACUUCAAAAAUGGUUGGAUUCUAGUUUCCAACAGUAUAGCAUUAGUAUAGACCACUAUGUAACUAAAUCUCACAAUCUAUUAAAGUUACUGUGUGGAGAAUUGAAAGCAAGUUUAGAUAUAUUCAUUUAUAUUUAGUUUUUA